AUGGGUGUAUUAUCACCGGCCAAAAAUGAUUCCAACUCAACUGAACCUCGUCGUAACCCACCCACCCAACCACCCACUGGCGACGAGACGCACAAGCACAAGGAAUCCCACGACCCAAACAUGGACAACCCCCGGUUGCUUGUCAAUCGGGCGUGCGUCUACGAGCGGCAUCUUCCCGGAGAUGCGUACAUCACCGCGCAUGUGUCGCGUCUUCAGCAUGGCUACUGGGAUAGCCCGGCCGUGUCCGACACCUACGCGGAGCAUGUUGAUUUUUUAGCCCUGAGCUUCGUUUUCCACUCGGCGCACACUCUGGCGCACCGCUUUAAGUCUGCCACUGUCCGCGCUGUCGUCCAGAUCAGCUCUGAGCAUUCCAAGCCUGCAUCCAAUAACGGAAGUUCACCCGGAAACCCGCACUUUCUGAUGCACGCACCGCAUCUCGUCUACGGCACCAUCUCUCCAGAGACAAUGGAGUGGUCCUUCAGCUUGGCCGGCUCCCUUGGUGUCUCUGAACCUCCAGUCAGCGCCAGUCUUAUCCCAUCUGGCAGUCUCAACGGCCAGUACCGCCGUUACGAGAUGAUGCGUAUCCAAGGCUCGUCCCGCACAUUUAGGAGCCCCAAGGGCCCUGCCUUUGAUGUCGAGGCUGGCGAGAUCUUCUGGUCCCUCGAGGAGAACAACCUGCAGCGCUCUGGCCUCCCUCGCGAGUUCACCUUCGUCAUGCUCAUUCAAAAGCCCGCCGCCAACAGCAAAAUCAAGCUCUCGCUUGAAAUCGAUCCUGUCAUCCAAGCCUUGUGGGGUAGCUACCCGGGCUGGAUGCUCCGGCUGUCUCCAUACCAGCCUGCGGAUCACCGUGGUGUCGACUUCCGUUGCGAGAUCGGUCAGCGCUUUCAGCCCGCAGACCCGGAGCGCGGUUUCAACUUUGCGACUAUGGAGAGCGCAUUCGACCACUACAUUGCAAUGCCCGGUCGAAAGUAUACCCGUCGAGUGGAAAUUCCGCCAGAGACGAAGCUCCCGCAGAUUCGCAACCCUCAGCAAGGAUACCGGGGUCAAUAUGGCAAUUUGAACCCCUCGCAGCAGCAGGGGACCAAUUUGACCAACACCCUGCUGGACAACCAACUGCGUCAGCUCAGCUCCAAUAUCGGAACUAGAGAGUUCGCCGCCGCUGCGCCCGCCGCCGCACCACCCACCACCGCUUUGGUGGACACCAUGGCGGUGCCUAUCUCGAUUCCCAGCGUACAGAGCAGCACAAACACCUACAAUGUCCGUCUGGGAUUCGACCCCGCUUUGAUCCAGCAACUCGCCGCGCUCCACGCGAGCCCGCCGGCUCACCCAAACCGAGUGUAUGGCACGGAAGUGCCAUACCGAGUCACUGAUGGUGCCCACGAUGUCAGUCCUGAGCUUGAUCGGUCGGGACAUAGGCGCGCCAGUAGCUCAGCGACAGAAGUUGGCUGGUGGCUCUAUGACGACGGUACCUACGGGAAUCCCGAGUGGUCGUCUCCCUUGCGCAACGCGGAAGUCGGCCUCAAGAGCUACGAGAACGUCCGUAACGGGAUGCUGCGUACCGUGCAUCCUGGGGGGCGCCGUGAGAGCCCCGGCUCGACGCGUGAUGGGCGCCGUGUUAUGAGCCUCAGGAACCAGCCAUUUACGUCGGGCUUGCUUUCGUCUCUCUCCGAAGAUGAGAAGUAA